GGGAUUGUCAAGUUUUUUGUUUGUUUGUUUUUUUUUUUAAAUUGACUUUAAACACCCAACUUGAUAAAGGUUGCUUAAGGUGCCUGGAGUGACUUUUUUGCUUUCACAUGAUGGGGAUCAAAGCAGCUCUUCCCAAGUAUGAGCUCUAUUUUUAUUAUGUGGUGCUGUCCAUGGCAAUGCUCUGGGCUGCCAGUUGGAUUUUUGAGGUGUCCAGCUUGAAUGCAAACCGCAAGUCCUUCAGAUCCAGCAUCCAGCCCGGAUGGUACUACUUUGGCAGAAAAAUGGACACAGCUGAUUCGGAGUGGAUGAUGUGGUUCUCGACGUUCCGCGAGCACAUCAUCUUCGCUCUGUCUGGCCAUGUCUUAUUUGCCAAGAUCUGUUCCAUGCUGGCUCCUCAGUACCGGUCUCUGGUCUACAUGGUGUACGGUGUCCUCGCCAUUCUCACCAGUAUGGGUUGGACCUACGUCAUGCUUAUUUUCUCACACUGCUUGCUACUCUACAGCAUCUCACUUGUCAAACUCCGGUGGCUCUGUUUCACCGCUGGACUCUUUACACUCGCUACUUUUAAGAUGGAGCCAUUUGUUUCAUGGCAGGCUGGGUUCGUGAGCGGAGACUUUGCUCUGCGCCCAGUGCUCUUUUAUGGUGGUUGUGGCUUCACCAUAAUGCGCUGCAUGAGCUUUGCUCUGGAGAACUGCGAGAGGAAAGCUGGUCACUACAGCAUCCUGGAGCUGCUCAAGUACAACUUCUACCUCCCCUUCUUCUACUUCGGACCCAUCAUGACCUUUGAUAAAUUCUAUAUCCAGGUUAAUAAUCCAGACUUGAGCCGUAAAGAAAGGGAAAUGUGGAACAUUUCCAUCCAGGCCUUAUUACAUUUGGGAGUUAUUGUCAUGGUGGCCAUCAUCUUCCACUUCAUGUAUAUUCUGACCCUUCCAAGUGACAUGAAGCUGCUGAAACACCUGUCAGACUGGACUAUUGUGGGUUUGGCAUACAUGAAUCUGGUGUACGAAUGGGUGAAAGCCGCCGUGAUGUUCGGUGUUAUAAACGCAGUGUCUCAACUGGACCACUUGGACCCUCCCAAACCUCCCAAAUGCAUCACUAUGCUCUACGUCUUCUCUGAAACGCACUUUGAUCGAGGAAUCAAUGACUGGCUCUGCAAGUAUGUGUAUAAUUACCUCGGGGGUAAACAUGAUAACGUGCUGGACGAGUUGAUUGCCUCACUCUGCACAUACGGCAUCAUGGUGCUGUGGCUUGGGCCGGGCUGGGUCGUCCUCAUCUGGGCUCUCUUCAACUGCUUUGGCCUCAACUUUGAGCUGUGGACAGCCAAGUUCUUCUCCACAGAGCCCUUCUUUACGAUUGAGACUGCAAUGUCUGAAUCCAUGUCUCGCAGAAUUAGAGCAGUGUUCAAUACCUUCAACUUCUGGAGUAUUGUCCUGUAUAACAUCCUGUUCCUCAACAGUCUUGACUUUGCAACGCUCGUUGCCAAGAGGUUACUGCUGAAAGGUUUCCCCUUAACCACAAUCACUGUGAUGUUUGUGACCUAUUGCUUAGUGCAGACAAUAAAAGAGAGAGAAAGGAAGCAGGCUUUGAUUGAGGAUCCUGUACCUCCACCUGCCCCCCCUCCAUCCACCAUCAAGCCCCAAACCGAUGCCUCAGCCACUGCUACAGACCCCAACAAGGAAAAGUCAGAGUAGGAAGAUGUUACUCUGGUAGACUAUUUCUAUGGGUUUGAGUUGCAUACUGGGGGAAUCCAAACCUGAGACACACACAAUUACAUAAUUUGGAAAGUAUAAGAAUUGGUAGUUUUUGUUUUUUUACACAGGGGAGAAACACUAACAUUUUUAUAAUAAGCCUUAAAAGAGAAAAUAAACAAAUUGACAGUUAGCAUGCGUAAUUAGCAAUUUAUCACUGGAGAUUUUGCAUGAUGGCACGGUUUACUGCAAAUAUGAAAACUGAACUCUUAACUGUACAUAAACCACCUUGGUCUAGGAAAUAAAGAGACUAGAAAAAUGUG